CUUGCGAAAACUACACACCCUACCUCUUCCUCUCAAAUAGCACUUGGCAGAACCCCAGUCUCUCUCUCUCUCUCUAUUCGGCUCCAUCAGCCGCUGCAUCUCGCGCACCGACCGGCGACACUCGACAGUCGGCCAUCUCUCUUACUCUCUCACUCUUUCUCUCUUUCUCUCAUUCUUUCAUUCCUUGCUUCCAGUGAACUUCAGAAAGGGCGCAAGCAUGGAAGGAGGAGACAGCAUAUUAGAUGCCUUAUAUGAAGAGGAUAACUUUGAAGGUGAUGAAGAUGUUGAAAUGCUUGAUGUGGAGGAAGGGGAGUUAGUGGAGCAUAAUUCACAGACAGCUUCAGAUCAAAUCAAGAGUAAAGGAAGUGAAGAUGUCAAUGUGAUUGAUCAAGAAUCUCGAAGUAAAAAUCGCAAGCGUAGGCCAAACAGGAAGAAGAAUAAGAGAAAGAGAAGUGGGUUGGAUCCUAACGUCACUGAUAUAAACAGAUUUGUGUUAGAUACAUGUAAGCGCCUGAAAGAGAAGAAAUCAUACAUGGUGUAUACAGCUGUAGGUUGUCUGGGGAUUUCUGCAUUAUGUGAUCUCGUCAAGGAGGUGGAUGUAAUUCAGUCUUGUGGAGGUCAGAUGACUGCGGAUGGUAGACGAUCUCGAACUGGUGGAGGCAUUUUAUGGAACAUUAUUAAAGCACGAGAACCAAAUGCAUACAAAGAGAUAAUGAGAAAAACAAAGGAGUUUGAGAAGCAAUUCAAACGACCAAAUAUUAGGCAAGAAACAGAGCAAGGAAAAGAGGUCUCUUCUCAAAAAAUUGCAGAGGGCUCCAUGGAUCUGAAAUCUGAAAUGCAGCAUCAAAGUCAGCAAUCAAAUGAUGAAGGGAAGCGAGUAUCAGUCCAUGAUAGGUUAAGGAUGCCUGUUUCUUAUGAUGAUGACAUACUCGGAGGUGGCCAACCGAAAGAUGAUGCAGAAUGAUUGUUGGAACGGUUAAAUUAUAUUAUUAUUAUUAUUAUUCAAGCAUCGCUUUGGUUCAAAGAUAGGAUGACAAAUAUAGAAUUAGUUUCUUCUUUUCUCUUUUCUUGGUGGCAACAAUAUUGUUUAUGCCGUUGCAAAAAAGAAUCCGCGAAGUGUAUCAAUGCUAUUGAAUUUUCUGUUUUGCUUGGCAAUGCUAUUGAAUUUUGUCUGAAAGGAAAAAUAUUCUUUGACAUUUUAGCCA